UUCUCCUGCAAUUUCUUCUCCCCAAACACCACCUUCUUUAGCCUUCAAUAUUCUUUACUUUCUCAUCCUCCCCAUUUGAACCUUUGAGUUUAACCAUGGCACAUUUCACUCGCACUUGCUUGCUUUUGGUGCUAUUGUUCCUAUCAUGUGAACUACUUUGCAUAGAAGGAAGGGGUUUGAAAGCAACCACUAAGUCACCAAAAUCCGUCUCCGUCAGGGCAAUGAGCACCACAAAAGGUGCUGUUGCAAAACCUAGCCAGUUAGAGACUAUUGCUAAAAGUUUGAAUGGAUUUGUUGAAGCUUUUCGACCCACAACUCCCGGCCAUAGCCCUGGUGUUGGCCAUUCUGUUAACAACUAAUCAAUAAGUAACAUGCAAAUGCAAGUGCUCUUAAUUAUAUCUGUGUUGCUAUCCUUAUUAUAAUGCUAUUUCAUUUCAAUGUUAGUGUUAGGAAUAUUUUGUGGUCGCGGCAAUCCAUAUAUCUGUUUUAAGUUUAGGUUCUUAUUAUGCAUGCGUGUAUUAGCACAGUUUGUAAUAAGCUUUCUGUCAAGUGGGACUCAUAAAAUUAUUUGUGUUUCUCCAUGCAGCUACUGAAGAAGAUCCAAAUUGAUAAUAACAUGUGAUUCUUAA